AUGGACGAGAAAAGUGACAAUAGAAAAAAAGCUGUUUCGUGGUACAUUAACGACACCACAGAUUUAGAAAGAGCUAAGAAAAGUAUCAAUCCUGAAGAAACGGAGGUCGUACGUCGAAAACGCAGCGGCAGACGUCAUGCAGCUAAGUCAAAGAGCUUAGACCCAAAACAGGAGACAAGGAUGAUAAUAAACUCCACUAAGUCGGUCGAUCAAAAUGAAUCUAUUUACUUCUCCUACGAGAAGAGAGCUCAAGGGGUAUACAAUAACUCACACGGCUGGUCAGAGAUUUCGCAGCCGAGGACAUUCCCGAAAGGAAUUUAUCGUAUAGGGAAACUGAACACCCGACUUCUGGAAGCUGUUGAAAACGGUGAUACACAGGAAGUAGCCAGAUUACUGGCGCUGGAGGCUGAUCCGAAUGCAACAUGUCGUCUCAACCAUGUGUCGGCCUGCCACGUCGCUGCCAUGAUGGACAACAAUUCCUUAUCAUUGCUGAUCGAGGCAAAAGCCCACAGCUUCAGAACGGAUAAGAUUGGCCGGACGCCUCUUCAUUUGGCUGCGUGGGCUGGUAAUCCCAGGCAAAUUGCUAUUUUGCUGGAUUUACCAGAAGAUCUACAAAACAAAGUCGCAGUUGGAAUAUGUCCAGAAACUGAGAAGGAAAUAAAAAAAUACAGCUCUGUGACACAUCGUCUGACGAACACACCUUGCAACAUUGGCACGUUGGAUUUUCUGCCGAACUCUUGGCUCGACAGCAUGGAACACAACUGCAGACGUCAGAAAGAAAACCUACCGCGUUUCACGCCGGGCUGGACAGCUCUGCACUCAGCAAGCGCUCGUGCUCAGUACACCUGUGUCCAGCUGCUCCUCGCUGCUGGAGCCGACCCCUGCGCCCGUGAUCUUAUUGCGAGAACCCCGCUUGAUGUAGUGGGGUCAGCACACUAUUCAAGACACAAUAUUGAUGCCCACGACUUCAAAGAAACCAUAAGAAUGCUUCUAGCAGCUAGUGGGAAGUUCUGCAGUACACUGGGGAACUGCCUCAACAACGUGAACUCUCCUCUGCAUACUGCUGUGGAGUUGGAAAGCAAAGAAGCCAUUGAAGAACUGCUAAACGCUGGUGCCUCGCCUAUUUGUCUUAACGAAAAUGGCCUCACAGCAUUGCACGUUUGUGUGGAAAAGCGCCUCAAAGAACUAUUACAGUUUUUGGCAAACUAUGAAUACAACGACCAAGAUCCAUACUUGGCGACAGUGGACGCCAAAGAUGAUAUGGGCCAGACCGUCCUCCAUGCAGCUGUGAGGACCAAUUGGACGGAUGGUGUCUGCAUCGCUCUGGGCGCUGGGGCCAGUGUUUUUAUGAAGGCAAAUGAUGGGGAUUCCCCUAUUCACUCAGCAGCAGCUGUGGGCGAUAUACACAUUCUCCAACAUAUACUGAGCGUUGCUAAAUACGCCAUCGACUACCGCAACCAGAAAGGCCAAACGGCUCUUUUCGUUGCCAUCAUGCAAAAUAACUUAGAAAUAGUAAAAAUAUUGAUUGACAAUGGGGCAUCUUUAAGCAUUGUUUUACCUGAUCACCAAACUGUUUUACAUAUCGCCGCUCGCUAUGGAUACACAGACAUCUUAGAAUACUUACUAAACCACGAAAACCGAAUUAUAUCCACGUUAAUGACGGCAAAUAGGUGUCCUCCAAUAACGUAUGCAGUUAUCAACAAUUAUCCAGACUGUGUCAGAAUAUUAUUGAGUAAAGGUGACAAACUCAACGAUUUGGUACCAUUCCAAGAUGAAAUUUGGCAAUCAGAAGAACUAACGACUGUUUUGCAUAUCGCUGCAGUAAAAAAUCACUUUCAAAUAGCAAAAAUGAUUAUCGAAUUCGAUGGAGAAACUAUCAAUAAACCAAAUAGCAGGGGCUUGCUACCUCUACAUGAAGCGUGUAUUCGAGGGCACAGAGAAAUAAUUUCUCUACUCAUUCACAAAGGUGCUGAUCUGUCUCAGCCGAGUUGGCAUCCCAAAAUCAAACAAACUCCUGUGGAAAUGGUCAUGAUUAACUUAUCCAAACCAGCUGCGUACAUGGAAGAGGUUUUCGAUUCUUACAUAUAUAAUCUUCAGGAUAAAGAAUGCCAGGUUACAGUUAAUUAUGCUAUUUUGGUGCCAAGGUCUUCGGACGGGAAGCAAAUGAAAGUGCUGAAGGCUCUAGUUGAUACAGGAAAUAGGUACGAUCAGAGAAAGCUACUUCAUCAUCCAUUGGUGGAAAGUUUCCUGUACUUGAAGUGGAGAGCUUUGGUGCCGUUCUUCUAUGCAAUAAUAGCGUUAUUCGGGUUGUUCGUUAUUUCACUGAAUGUGUAUGUCGUAUCUGUGUUCUUCUAUCAAGAUAAAAAUAAGCUGAAUGUGGUUCAUGCUACGAACUACUCUUUCAACAGUUAUACAAUUAAACCAGUUCCAGGUUAUUUACGUUCAGACGUGUGGAAGUACAUGAUAUAUAUUACCGCUAGCCUGGUAACUUUGCAGGAGAUCAUUUUCAUAAAGAUCAACAAUAGAAGAUAUUUCCUGUUGCUGGAGACCUGGGUCAAGUUCGGAGCAAUUGGUCUCUCAAUAUUCUUGCCCAGCUUCGUCUCCUGGGAGAGAAUAGACAUCUUGCCUGGGACGGAGUCAACCGCAGAGUGGACGCGUCUCAUAGCGACUAUAGCACUGCUCCUGUCGUGGUUGGAAUUCAUGUUCUUACUAUCCAGGUUUCCAAACUGGGGGUUUUAUGUCCUGAUGUUUGGGAAGGUCGCAAGUAAAGUAUUUAAGAUCCUGCUCACAUUCAUGUUCCUAAUCAUUGGCUUUUCCCUCUGCUUCAUGAUACAAUUUCGCGCGAAGCCGCCAUUUGAGGGUAUAUGGGCAUCCAUCACGAAAACCUUAGUCAUGAUGACAUCUGAGUAUGACUACAUGUCCAUGAUCAACAAAGAACAUGCCAAAGACAUUGCUGCAUCAAUAUUAGUACUGCGUCUAGUAUUUAUCACCUUCGUUAUCCUAGCUUCCAUAGUUUUCAUGAACUUGAUGGUAGGAGUAGCAGUGAACGAUGUGAACACUCUAGCAGAUAUAGGAAAUCAGAAGAGGCUGGAAAAGCAGGUGGACUUUUUAACAUCACUGGAGGAUGUUGUCUGUCAUAAGAUAUUUCGUAAAUUUAAUUCAGGUUUGCCGAUGAGAAAGAAAAUUUUGCACAAAAUAGUUUUGAGACCAGAGGCGAAAUGUGGUUACUCCAAGAUACUGCCGAAGUAUUUAAGACAGUCCAUAUUUGAAAAAGCUCAGCUGCAGAAGAAGCAGAUGGAAGAUGAGUUAGGAUCGAUGGCGUACCAUCUUAAACUGGAUCAGAUACAUGAGGCAGUGGUUCGGAAGGAGGAGAAGCCGGAACAGCAGGAGUGGACUAUGAAUAUUACUCUUUUGAAUGAUACUGUUGAGAAAAUUAACAAUGAUAUUGAGGAGCUGAGAAACGAACUGAAUGUUAUCAGACGUUUUAUAUUAAGACGGGCUUCUAUUCAUUAA